AUGGCUGCAUCGGCUGCUAUCGAUAUCGCUACACUUCAGGCUGAAGUUAACGCCCACCGGGAAGCUCUACUCUCAUGGCUGUCUAAUGAAAAAGAUACCACUCAUAAAAAUGAGCUUCGUGCUGCCAUAAACAGCUUCAGUGGGGCUUUUACUAAAGUAGCAUCGCUAAAGGACUUGGAUCUGGAGAUCAAAACUAUGCCAAAAUUUCUGCCACGCAUCCUUAUUAAUAGUAUACCAGUUGAAUAUACUAAAGAUGAAAUCCACAAAUACCUUAUGGCACAAAAUUUGAAUGAAUUUAAGUCGGAUGAAGUCAAGAUAGUUUAUAUGUACCUGGCAAAAAACAAAAAGCACAGCAGCUUCAUAUUAGAACACAUCAAUGCACAGUCGCUCACGGCUCACUUUCAGGACAUUCAGCAGCUCAUCAAGGAACACAACAUAUUAAUACUCGGUAUUAGCAAGACUUUCCUCAAACCUGAGUUACCCAGUCACCCUGUGUGUAUUCCAGGGUAUCGACUGCUGAGGCAUGAUCAAGUUGGCAAGGGUUGUGGUGGAAUAGCCUUAUACAUCCAGGAAUCACUUAAGAGCGAAAUUCUCGACGCGUCGGACAUUCUUCAAGUUGGUAUACAGCCAACCAAGGCUGGUUUCUGGGCUGAGGUUGAGACUGCUAUUAUCAAAAGUACCCGUGCAUUGGAUCUGUUGAUACUAAUGAGUGAUUUCAAUAUUGAAUGGCACUCUUGGCACUCUUCGGGCACCAACGCCAGUAUUCUUAAGCAGUCAUUAACAUCUUUGGGCUUGGAGCGCAUCCCUUUUCGUCCUACUCAUCAUACUGCCACAUCUGAUACCACAAUUGACUACAUUUGCUUGAGUGAUGCUCAUCUUGUAAAUACGUUUAACCAAAUCAGUCUUCCAUGGAUUUCUGGGCAUAACGUUAUUAUGGUUGAUGCUGAUGCUGUGUUGAAUGACUUGAAUGGAAUGAACUGGAAAUUCUUUGAUGAUGCUUGUAAUGUAGACGAAAAAGUCAACCUUCUAACGCACGCGUUAACUGAAGUACUGGAUCAGCAUGCACCCCUUUGGAUAGUUAAGAUCAGAAACAGACCUGCUCUAUGGCUCAAUGAUUCCAUCAAACGACUCAUCAAAGAUCGUAAUCAGGCUUGGCGAAACUAUAAACGCAAAAGAACUGAGGUUCUCCACAGUAAAUAUAAGCAGUGUCGCAAUAAAGUGAAAGUUGAUAUGAAAAAUGCUAUGCACGAGCACCAUCGUCGUGAAUUUCUUAAGUGUAGAUCCACUGCUGACACAUGGAACGUUGUUAGGUCUUUGGGAGUUAUAGGACCUGAUGAUAAUAUCGUUCAACUUCCUGUGUCGACUACUGAACUCAAUAAGCACUUCAUCGAUCCCGAAUUUCCUGAGCCAGUACCACUGCCUCUUAUCCCAAUGAUCUCUCCAGAUAAUCGUUUCUACUUUAGACACGUUGAGUCAAUUAACAUCAUCAAAGCUUUCAGUUCUGCACGCUCCAAUGCAUGUGGACCGGAUGGGUUGAACUUGCAAUUUCUCAAGCUGUGUCUACCUGCCAUUAUUCCAAUCUUGACAAAUUUAUUCGAUGCCUCAUUCCAAUCAGGAGUUUUUCCUAAUUUCAGACCAAUCACCAUAUCGUGUACUGCAUCCAAGAUUCAUGAAGCUGUUGCACUGAGUCAAAUCCUCCAGUACUUUGAGAGUAAUAACAUUUUAGAUCGGUUUCAAUCAAGCUAUAGGAAACUUCACAGCUGUCAUACUGCUACGAUCAGUAUAGUAGAUGACAUUAGGAUCGCUAUGGAGAACAAGAAAAUUACGCUUAUGAUUAGUAUAGAUCAGUCAAGAGCUUUUGAUCUAGUUAACACCGACUUACUCGUCUGCAAGCUAAUAGCUGUGGGCUUUUUGGAUUCAGCUGCAUCCUGGAUAAGGUCGUACCUAACUGAUAGGUCUCAGACAGUGCGAGCGCCAGAUGGGGAGAUAUCCCAGACUCUAUUUCGAAGCUCUGGUGUUCCUCAGGGUAGUUCGUUGAGUCCCUUGUUAUUCUCUAUGUUUAUUAAUGACCUUUCAGCUGUGUGUAAGGGUCUUAACUAUCAUCUAUACGCAGACGACUUUUGCUUUUACAUAAGUGGAAAAACUGAAGAAGAUCCCAGGAUUGUGCAGCAUGCUUACAUGGUACUGGAGAGUAUCUUGAAUUGGGGAAAAAUAAAUGGUCUCAUAGCUAACGAGAAAAAAACCCGUGCUACUUGGUUUGGUACCAGAGGAGUGCAUAGCAGAUUAGAGGCAAAUGGUGCAUUGCCGAAUAUUGUGUUCAAUGGUAUCACAGUAGAUACCAGUAAUACCAUCAAGCUCCUUGGAGUCACUCUAGACAGCUCAUUGACCUGUAAACCACAAUGCGCUUCGGUAUCAAGCAAAUGCUUUUCUGCAUUGGCCAGAUUCAGACGCUUUAAAGACAGCUUACCGAAUGACAUGAGGCUAUUACUUGUACGCUCCCUUGUAUUUCCACAUACAGACUACUGCGCAUCUAUAUUUUAUGGUCUAUCAGCCGAAAUGGAAACCAAAAUGAGCAGAUGCCUAAACGCCGCACUUCGCUUCGUUGAGAAUCUACGUAAAUCAGACCACAUCACAUCAGCAUACAAAAAAUACGGUAUUCUCUCUUACUCCAGUAGAAGAUGCUACAUUAUGCUCUGCCUCUUGGAAGGAAUCCUGAAGACAGGAACUCCAUCAUACUUAGAUGAAAGUUUUUCUUUUAAAAGUAAACCCUCGGGCCUGAGGCAAUCGAACGUUGCAGAGCUAAUUAUAAUACAUGCAGAGCUUGACGUUUAA